UCAAUAGUCAUUAGUAGGUCACUAGAUGCUCGCCUUUCUGAAAUGAUAAAAAUAAAAUCGUCGGCAUCUUAUGGUUUUCCUCUUCCUCUGCUUUCCGCGGUGGGUAUUGCAUCGUCGAGCACCCUGGAAACGUGUCAACCCAUCCAUGUGGAGCCUUGGGUCACAGCUAAAAGAGAAGAAGCUUAAGAGGAGCCACGAUGGAGGAGCCGAUGGACGGGAUACGGGAUAAGGACGGAAGCGAAUUCCCAUGGAUUUCUCUGGCUCCAGCUGCGAAAAGGCGAACAAAAGGAAAAGUGAAAUAUAUGCGGCGAAAUUGCAGCGACAAACUACAAAAUUAUCACACCAAGCGGUUAGGUGAGAUCGACGGCGCACAAAUUCAAAAAUAGUUUAGCUGGUGAAUGAACAAAUAAAGUAGGAGCUGAUAUUUAUUGGCGGAAAAUAAGGUUGCAUCGGUCCACAUUAGAAGAAGAGGUCCACCUCAAAAGAAAUAAUAAUACAGGUUUACAGGAAUUUAAAAAGUUCAUCGGUUAUAUUUAUUAAAAUUUUUUGGGUGACCACCGAAUUUAAAGUCAGUAAAAGUGAAUUUAGUACGAGGAAAAAAAACAAUUCUGCCACAGAAAUAAAUAUUUUCUAUUUGUUAUUGAUACUAAUAACUCCGUGUAAAUAGAAAUAUUAAGUGCACCGAUUUCUUACAAUCUAAUUAAAUAUAGUAACCGAGGCUUCGAUCGCUAAGCGACAAAAGCAGCUUUAAUUUUGCGUUUUAAUUGCUCAAGAAGAAAGAGAAGGAAGAGCGCAUAAGUGCAUAGGAAAACGAUAAAUUGCGCAAUGGCCACUUUUCAUAUCCAUCAAGAUGCCGAAAAGGAGAAUCCACACUUAUCUGUACCACUAAAGGAAAAAAAUUUGGCUGCCUGCACCAGUAGAGUGAAUGCCUUGCAGCCGUCUGUGCUUGGAGGAACAGCUUUACCCUUGAAGGGAAAGCUGGCUGACGGUGUUAGUCGCAGUAAUUUUGCUGUGCUAAAUACAAAUGCAAAUAUCGCCCGAAACACAAGUAUUGGUAUAUUAGGUAGCAAAGUGGCAUUUCGUGAAGUUGGGAAUUCCAAAACAAACAAUGACAAUACCACAGUUUUCGCAGCAGCAUCAGCCGCUGUUAAGAAGACCGUAGUGGAGCAAUUUAAAUCCUUUUCAGUUUAUGAGGACCAACCUAAUAUAGAGCAGCCGGCUUACCAACAACAUUUAUUAACAACUAAUAACAACAACGUUAAGCCGACAGCGAUCACACAAGGAGAAAAAGAAAAUAUCGACAUUGUCCAACAAAGUCGUCACAACAAAAAUGGUUUUAAAUUUGAUGGCUCGCAAAAGGGAAGUAGCAUUGAUGAUGAAUGUAUUUUGGAUACUACACCAAUGUCAGUGUCAGAGGUGCUUUCGCCAAUGUCCGUAGACAGAUCACAUGUAGGUAUAACUCAGCCAACGCUAUCACAAUUGCUUGAAGUUGACAAUGACAAUAAAAAAGCCAAUGAUUUAACUACCGAGGAGGAGGAACAUCGUAGUCGCCUUCUCAUACCCCGCAAUCAUCGGCAACGUUUCUUUGAAGUUGGAGAAUAUCAAAGGGAUAUUUUGGAAUAUUUUCUGGAAAGUGAGAAGAAACAUCGGCCCAAACCUCACUACAUGCGUCGUCAGGCUGAUAUUAAUCAUUCAAUGCGUACCAUUCUGAUAGAUUGGCUAGUAGAAGUAUCUGAGGAGUAUAAUCUGGAUACGGAGACACUAUACCUUUCCGUAUCAUAUAUCGAUCGUUUCCUUAGCCAAAUGUCUGUAGUACGCAGCAAGCUACAGUUGGUUGGCACAGCUGCCAUGUACAUAGCAUCAAAAUAUGAGGAAAUCUAUCCUCCAGAUGUGGGCGAAUUUGUAUUCAUUACAGACGAUACAUAUAAUAAAGCUCAAGUUUUGCGAAUGGAACAGAUCAUUUUAAAGAUUCUAGCAUUUGAUCUAUGUACUCCUACGGCAUAUGUUUUCAUAAACACAUAUGCAGUUUUAUUAGAUAUGACAGACAGACUCAAAUUUCUGACUCAGUAUAUUUGUGAGCUAUCACUUUUGGAAGCUGAUCCGUAUUUGCGCUUUUUACCGUCGUUGAUAUCUGCUUCCGCGCUUGCUUUGGCUAGAUAUCUACUGGAUUACAAAAUUUGGACAUCCGAAUUGCAAGAGAUAACAACAUAUAGCCUUGGAGACCUUAAAGAAGUGUUUUUAUACCUCUGUAAAUCACACAAUGCGGCUACGAAAUUGGGACAACAAGCCAUACAAGAAAAAUACAGGGUCGAUAAGUACAAGAAAGUUUCUACAAUCAAGCCUGUUGAACUAGACGAGGAGGCAUUUGAACUUCUGUUACAAAAAAAUAAUAUUAGCGAAGAUAUUCCCGAAAAAACAUCGACGGCAAAUACUGAAAACGUACGACGGGCAAUCUCUCUGAUGUUUAAUUAAAAUACCUAAAUAAAAAGUAGUACAUUUCAACGCUCAAUUAUGAUUUAGUAUUAACUGAAAAACGCUUAAUAAUACUUGUUUAUAUUUUAUGUUUCUCCGUUCUGAUUAAUGCUAAUUCAAAACCUUGAAGUUUUUAGCUGAGUCCCGAAAUCCAAGAACUUUAUAUGGUAGCAUAAAAUUUUGCUAUUAUUGCUAAUAUUAAAUUUUAGAAAUUUACUAAGGCUUGCAGAAUUUCGAUAUUGUGGUAAAAACAUAAGAGAAAAUUUCGCCUUAACAUUUUAUUUUUUAAUUAUAGAAAUUUAUGGUAUUGGUAAUAUUCAAUUUACAUUAAUAGUUAAUGGAUAAAAAUUAAACAUAUUUGCUUGAAUAAUACAACUACUGUAAAAUAGAAAGUAAAAAUUUUUAGUUUCCCAUCAGAAAAAAUUAUUGAAAUAAUUGUGGCUUAAUUGUUAUUGCAAGUUUUAUUUUCUUUUAAUUUAUUAUUUGUCUCAUAUUUUAUUUCACAUAAAUUAUAAACUUAACCCACUUCUAAUUUUAGAGCUAGAAUUAUGGUUAUUUACAAUUUUAGCUACUGAAUCAGAUAUUGUAGAACAAACAUCACCCACAAAAUGUUAUAAGAAGUCGAAAGCAGUUUCGUGUGCAAAAAGAUAUUAGUCAAUGAAAUUUUAAAUUGUAACUCAUACUCUUAGGUGUUUUUCCUAAACUAUUUGCGUUACUCAUAGUUUCCUGAUACAGAACUUUUUAAAAUAGCUGUAUGUUGUCUUGCUUACCACUCGAUUUUUUGGUGGCAAUUUUUCUAAACUAAUUUAACUGUAUACGAAGUUCUUGCUAUACCAUAUUUUAUGUAAUACAAUAUCUUGAAUGUCUGUCUUUGUGUUAAAUAUUUAUAUUUUUUAACAUGAUAUUUUAGUUUCAGACCAAACAAUCUUACUAAGGCAUAUAUGUAAUGCUAGCUAUUUAAAAAUUUAAGUAUUUAAUAAAUUUUAUAAAACUAAAAUAUACAAUUAAAAAAUAAAAUAAAUGU